CAGUACCUAAGAUGGCCACCAACCUAUCCACCGCCGCGAUCAAUGGAAGGGACCUGUUCACGAAUCCGGAAGUUGCCCAACUCCGCCAUGGCAGGCGCUGAGGGCGCCGGGGGCGUGGCUUCCGGCGGCCACAGUCUGUGAGUCUGGGCGUCGGGGUCGAGCCGGGGCGGCAGCUGACAGGCGCUCCUCCCCCGACGGCAGCGGCUGGUGCCCAGCAAGGCGGGCGGACCCAAGCUCGUGUCCCCGCGUCCCAGCCCGCGAGGCGCCAGGGCUGCGCCAGGGCAUGGAAGAGGGGAAGAUGGACGAGAAUGAAUGGGGGUACCACGGAGAAGGCAAUAAGAGCUUGGUGGUGGCCCACGCUCAGCGCUGUGUCGUACUGCGUUUUCUAAAGUUCCCUCCAAAUAGGAAGAAGACUUCAGAAGAGAUAUUUCAGCACCUGCAGAACAUAGUGGACUUUGGCAAAAAUGUCAUGAAGGAGUUUUUGGGGGAGAACUACGUUCAUUGUGGGGAAGUUGUGCAGCUACCUUUAGAAUUUGUGAAACAGCUUUGUUUAAAGAUACAGUCUGAAAGACCAGAGUCUCGCUGUGACAAGGACCUGGACACUCUCAGUGGUUACGCUAUGUGCCUUCCCAAUUUAACCAGACUUCAGACCUACCGCUUUGCAGAGCACCGACCAAUUCUGUGUGUAGAGAUUAAGCCAAAAUGUGGGUUCAUUCCUUUCUCGAGUGAUGUCACGCAUGAGAUGAAGCAUAAGGUCUGUCGUUACUGCAUGCACCAGCACCUCAAGGUGGCAACUGGGAAGUGGAAGCAGAUCAGUAAAUACUGUCCCCUUGAUCUCUACUCAGGAAACAAACAGAGAAUGCACUUUGCUUUGAAGAGUUUGCUACAGGAGGCACAGAACAACUUAAAGAUAUUUAAGAAUGGUGAGCUGAUUUAUGGCUGCAAAGAUGCCUGGAGCCCCGUGGCUGACUGGAGCGAGCUUGCACACCACCUGAAGCCAUUCUUCUUCCCUUCCAACGGCCUGGCCAGUGGGCCCCACUGCACAAGGGCUGUGAUCAGGGAGCUGGUGCACGUGAUCACGCGGGUGCUGCUGAGCAGCUCGGACAAGGGCCGGGCAGGCACCUUUAGACUGGGGCUUGGGCCUCGGGGCCCGCGAGUCUGUGAAGCCAGCCCCUUCAGCAGGAGCCUGCGCUGCCAAGGAAAAAACACCCCAGAGCGCUCGGGGUUACCGAAGGGCUGUCUUCUGUACAAAACCCUCCAGGUGCAGAUGUUGGACCUGCUGGACAUCGAAGGCCUCUACCCUCUGUACAACCGGGUUGAGCGAUACCUGGAAGAGUUUCCCGAGGAGAGAAAAACCUUACAAAUAGAUGGGCCUUAUGAUGAAGCAUUUUACCAGAAGCUGCUUGACCUUUCCACUGAGGAUGACGGGACAGUGGCCUUCGCGUUAACGAAGGUGCAGCAGUACCGCGUCGCCAUGACUGCCAAGGACUGCUCCAUCAUGAUCGCUCUCUCCCCCUGUCUGCAGGAUGCCAGCUCUGAUCAAAGGCCUGUCGUCCCUUCAUCAAGGUCCAGGUUUGCCUUCUCCGUGUCUGUGCUGGACCUUGACCUCAAGCCCUACGAGAGCAUUCCCCAUCAGUAUAAACUGGACGGCAAGAUCGUCAACUAUUAUUCAAAGACUGUAUGUGCCAAAGACAACGCCAUGAUGUCGACUCGGUUCAAGGAAAGUGAAGACUGCACAUUAGUUCUCCACAAGGUCUAACUCUUUCCCUGCAGUGUCUUUGAAACUUGAACUUAGAAUGUGAAGGUUGAAUGAUAGAGCUGUUUUCUGUUGUGUUGGGUGACCUUUGGUUGUGAAUGUUUUUGCUUUUAACCCCUGUUGAGGUGGGACUGCCUCUUGGAGAAAUGGAAUUGAAGAGCACUAGAAACAUCUUCCUGGACAAGGAAUGUAGGACAUGAGUGCUGUGUCCCAGGAAGCUGCUCAGAUUCUUAAAAUGGAAGUGUCCGUUAGGCCCUGGGGAGACCCUCUGGGUAGUUCUUCCUUCCCAACCAGGGCUCAUGUCUGAUUCUCUAAUGCAAAAAGCCUUAUUCUAAGACCCAAGCUUUGGAUCUUCUACCACCAGACUCCUAACAUAGAAAACUUGAAUUAUUACAUACAUUUUACAGUCUGGACUUUUAAGAAAACAUGGAUACUACUGGAACUUUCCCCAGUUGAGUUACAUGGUCACUUUUUCAGUGCAAGCCACAUAUCACACAUAACAACACAGGUUUUUAGGUGAGCAGUGUAGACUCAGGGUCCCUGUGGAGGUGCUGAAGCCCAUGGCUUCACGCAGGGUGGCAGGGAGCACAAGACUCAGGUCAGGAUGGACACCACUCAUGCGAGCAUUGACCUUUUUUUUUUUUUUUUUUUUUUUUGCUUUAUGAUUUUAUCUUUCACGUGAGGGGGAGAUGUGUUCUCUCCUACUGGAAAUUGCUGCUGUAGAAGCUGGAGGUGGAGCUGUGGCUGGCUGAGCUGCUGAGGCCGGGCUGGGCAGUGUGCCCCAACAGCUCAGUGCUUUUUCUGACACUCCGGUGUUUGGGGUGAUUGAGGAGCAAGUUUUCUCUUCUUCCUGGACUGAGUUCCUCCCUCAGGUUUGCCUUGAGACGCAUUGUGUUGUUGGGCCCCGUGGCCUCUCCCUGUCCGGCUGCCACAGGCCAUGCUUUUGGAAGGUGAACAGCUCCUGGCUGCUGCCGAGAGGGUUCUUGUUGGGGUCACCAAAGUGUGCCCAGCUGCUAUGAAAAACGUUGGGAAUCUUGGCUUCAGUUUUUUAUUGUAUGCUAGGUUGUACAGACUAUUUAUAUCAUCGUUUUGAGGGACUGAUGGAGGCUUAUUGUAACAUAUAAUAGUGAAACCAUGGAAUUAUAUGAAAAUGAUACAUGAGAAAUAAGGAAACUAUUUUGCUGAUUGUAAAUUUUUGUGGGAAAUUUUGUGAUAACUUGAGAAUUAUACUUGUUUGAAUCAAGGCAA